AUGGCCCGCCGAGUCCCAAUCGCGCCGCAAGCAGUAGAUGCGCCUCUCACCUGCUCCGCAACCUUCAUCGUGGUCACCAUCUCCCGCACCGCCCCAGACGCCGUCAGCACAGUCCGCUCCGCCCUCGCCAGCGUGUCCGACCUGACCAAGAACGUCUCCAUCCGCGACCUGAACGCUUCGUUCGCAUGCACCGUCGGCAUCGGUGCCGAAGUGUGGGACGAACUCACCAACGGCCUUCCCCGUCCUGCUGAAUUGCAUGCGUUCAAGGAGGUCAAGGGUGGGAAGCACAUCGCGGUGUUAACACCUGGGGACGUGCUGUUUCAUAUUCGGGCGGAGCGGCGGGAUUUGUGCUUUGAGUUCGAGCGGCAGCUGAUGGAUUUGUUGGGAGAUGCUGUGGAGGUGGUUGAUCACACCGUUGGGUUUCGGUAUUUUGAUGUGAGAGACUUGUUGGGCUUCGUGGAUGGGACGGCAAAUCCGGUGGGACAGGCUGUGCCGCAAGCUACUUUGAUAGCUGCAGAGGAUGAUGGAAAUGCGGUGGGUGGGAGUUAUGUGGUUGUGCAAAAGUACUUGCAUGAUUUGAGGGGGUGGAAAGGACUAGGCGUGGAGAGGCAGGAAGCGAUCAUUGGGAGGACGAAGCUUGAGAAUAUCGAGCUUGAUGAUGCUGGGGAAGAGGAGCAGAAAGCACAUAAGACGCUGGCGACGAUAGAGGACGAGGAGGGGACUGAACAUGAUAUUUUGAGGGAUAAUAUGCCGUUCGGCAAUCCAGCAGCGAGCGAGUAUGGGACCUACUUUAUUGGGUAUAGCAAGAAGUUGUGGGUGACGGAGAAGAUGCUGGAGAGGAUGUUUGUGGGCGUGCCGGAAGGGAAACAUGAUCGGAUACUGGACUAUUCGAGGGCAGUCACAGGAAGUACUUUCUUCGCGCCGAGUGCGGAUGUGUUGGAUGGACUGGGCGAAUGA